AUGUUUCCUCCCAGCCUUAUAAACCGCAUGACAAAAGACAUCGUCGACAGGUUCUUGCGUUCCAUAGCUGACAACUCUGAGCUUGGGCUGGGGAUCUCUAUGGAAGAAGCUGAUGAAAUAGGAGAUAAAGAAUUGGUGACCCUAUGGAACUCCACGGUCAACGAAUGGACAUCGGGCCAAAUGGAAUCACCAGGUGAAAGUCAAGGCAUACCGUACGCCGACGCAAAGCAACUGGUUGUGACAACUGACCGACUGCAGUCUCUUACACGACAGAAUGGCGCCAGCGAUCCUUUCAGUCUUCUUCAUGAAUACAUUGGUCAAAUUCUAACCACCAACGAUAGUCAAGAUGAGGAUUGCAUAAAAGCUGCUGUCUUCGUCGAUCCACUUGUGAUCUACGAGGAUUCAAGUGUCAACAUCGAGAUGUUUUGGUCUAUAAGCACGUCUCCGUUGGACCGGCCAUGUACUAGCUAG